CUAGCAGAAGUUGUUUGUGUGAGCAUAUCAAGGACGGCAUCAUGUGAUUUGGAAGAAUUUCAAAGCUGAAACCACACUGUGGUUUGCUUCAGUGUCACUCAGCAGGUGGACUAAAUCCUUGGAUUGCUUCUGAGACGAGACUAAAAUGUUUAUUUUAGGCAGAAGACACCUCCUCCUCUUUUGUCUACUCCUAGGUUGUGUGACUGCAGAAAGCAUCAUAGCCACAGUGGGAGAGGAUGUGACUUUGAUAUGCAACUAUAAUGCUAAGUACUACGGCAAGCUUUCUACAUGCUGGGGUCGAGGAGCCAUCCCCAACAGUGGCUGUGCCAAUGAGGUGAUCAAGUCAGACGGUACAUCAGUGAUCAGCAGACUGUCAGAGCGUUACCUAUUCCGGGGUAAUGUUGGUGAGGGUGACGUGUCGCUGACCAUCAGGCAGGUUGAGGAGGGCGACUCCGGGACGUAUGGCUGCCGUGUGGAAAUACCAGGCUGGUUCAAUGAUCACAAACACCAGCUGACUCUGACGGUAGUGGCAGUGCGCCCUAAUGCCCUGAAGGUGGAGCCAAGAGAGGUGAAGGAAAGAACUGUCACUGUUCGCUGGACUCCUGUGUUUGAUGGCGGCAAGCCCAUUACAGCCUACAGGAUUGAUCUAAAAAACAAACAGGCAUCCUGGGAUACUGCAGUGACAACUGAAGUCUCAAAUCCUGAACUGACUCAGCUGACUUUGGUGGAUUUGCGUCCAGCCAAAACCUACAACCUUCGCAUGUUUGCUAUCAACAGUGUGGGCAUGAGCGAGGCCAGCAAUGUUCUGACAGUCACAACGAAAGAAGCAGCACCAGAGGGUCCUCCCCUGGAUAUGCAGCUGGAGGCCCUCACUCCUCACAGUAUCAAAGUCACUUGGAAGCCUCCGAGGCUCGAUCAAAGAAACGGGGUUCUUCGGAGUUACAGCAUUAGCUACAGAGAGUACGACUCCACAGGCUCACAGUUCAAAAGGUGGCAGCACGUAAGUGUGACGGCCACACGAGAACUAGAGAGCGUCAUCCUGAGCAACCUGAAACCUUCUGCCAGAUACGGCGUGAUUAUACAGGCCAAAACAAACGCAGGAAUAGGACCGCCCUCGACUGCACCUCUCUGCUCCACUCUGGAUGAGGUUCACACAACUUCAACAGCAUCCACUAUUACGUCUACUUCCACUGCUGCCAUAACAUGGAUACACGACACUACAAGUUUGACUUCAGUUCACACAACCUCAACAAUUGAGACUGUUACUGCUGCCACAGUUUGGGGAGAAAGCACCACAAGUGUCACAUCAGGAAAUUCAACACUGAAUUCAGGUUACUUGCCCCCGGAUCCCCCAGUGGUUGAGUUAAAAGAGGUCAAAGACAAUACAAUUUCCCUUGUAUGGACUCCUGGGUUUGAAGGUGACAGCCCCAUCACUGGCUAUUACCUGGAGUGUAAAGCCGUUAACGCCUCGUGGGAUUACAGAAAGACGGUUGUUGACUUUAGCUCCAAUCAGACAGAGGCCACGAUUAUAGAGAUAAAUCCCUCCACAUACAACAUCCGCAUGUUUGCUAAGAACAGUCUGGGCACCAGUACAGCUAGCAAUGUCCUCACCAUCACCACUGUAGAAGCAGGUCAUCCGAAGGGUGACCUCCCUGCCACCAUAUCUACGGACACUCAUGCUGCUGCGAACGUUGAGGAGAGUCAUAGUGGUCACCUAGCCGCCAUUGUGGUGCCAGUGGUGCUGGUGGUGUUGGUUGUUGCCAUAGUAACCACAUGGCAACUUCGACGAAUAAAACAGAAAAAAGGCAGCCUGAACAUGUGGCUGACCAAUGGAGCGCUACGCUACAGAGGCUCUGAGUCACUACAAGAGCUGUAAAACUGAGUUACUCUUCAUUUGACCACGAGGCUAAAACUCACAAAUAAGCAGUACAUUUUAUGAAAUUUGCAAUGUGUGUGUGUGUGUGUGUGUGUGUGUGUGUGUGUGUGUGUGUGUGUGUGUGUGUGUGUGUGUGUGU